CGCAGUGCCGGGCGGUGUCGCGCGCGGGGCGCUGCGGGAGCGCCGUCGGUAACGGGCCGAGUCUGAGCCGCGUCCGAGCCGCGGGAGGAUGAGCCGGUUCCUGAACGUGCUGCGCAGCUGGCUCGUCAUGGUAUCCGUCAUCGCCGCCGGGAACACCCUGCAGAGCUUCCGCGAUCACGGCUUCCUCUCGGAGAAGCUGUACACCGCCAGCCCCGGCCUCGUGAACGGGCUCCAGGCUCGGACCUUCGGCGUCUGGACUCUGCUGUCGUCUGUGAUCCGCUGCCUUUGCGCCAUUGACAUCCGCAACAGGACCCUUUAUCACAUCACGCUCUUUACCUUCUUUUUGGCCCUUGCUCACUUCCUCUCCGAGGUCUUCAUUUACCACACUGCAGCCUUGACUAUUGGAGUUAUGGCACCCCUCAUGGUAGCAAGUUUCUCUAUUAUGGGGAUGCUGAUUGGGCUGCAGUACCUGGAGGUAGAAGCACUAUCACAAAACAAGAAGAAAAACUGAAGAUGAGGGCUCUGUAUAGGUCAGCGUAAUCCCCGGUCUUCACUGCCAGACUUCCACUGUCCUGAACUUCUCCAGGACACCAGUCCCAGUGGUGGAUCAGUGUUGGACUCUGUCAAUCACUGUUCAUUACCAAGUCUUUUUUUCUUGUCCAGGCAACAUUUCAACUGACUGAUGUCAAAGACCCAGAGGAGUUUGUGUCAAGCUUGUGGGGGGCACUUGAUGACUGACUCCCUGGAGUCAGGGCAAAGUCUCAGGUGUGCCCAGUGCACUAAGGACUUCUCUCCCAGUGUAACUGUAGGGAGAAGGUGCAGGGCUAUCCAGGAUUCGAUGAACACUUUGGAGCAGAAAGAGAGAAUAGGUGCUACCCCUGGCACUGCUGUGUAACUUGCAUGUGUGUGUUCAUCAGGGGCCAUUUCUAAUAAAUGACAGAAAACUGCA